UGUCAUCCGCGAUAAGGGCAUCUCCGGAUCCAUCUGCUCCAAUAUAGGCCUCCUCACUUCGCUGGUCAAGAUUGACAUGGCCAACAACUCGCUAUCAGGCUCGAUUCCCAACAGCCUUGGCAACCUUGCAAGACUGGCCGUCUUCAACCUCCAACACAACCGACUCUCGAGUCACUUCCCCCCCACAAUGUCUCGCCUCGCCAGUCUCCAGAUGUUUGAUGUUAACACCAACAAUUUGUCUGGGCCCCUCUUAUACCCCGUCGGAACUCUUUCAAACAUAAAGCUAAUCAACGUUGCCCGCAACAACUUCAGCGGAUCGCUCCCCACCUCCAUCUACACCCUCACCAGCCUCCAAGAGAUGGACGUAUCGGAAAAUUCGCUCAUGGGCUCCCUGCCUCUCUCUGCCAGCGCCCUCAGCGGCCUUCAGAUGCUCAACAUGGUCAACAACCGCUUCUCCGGCGAGUUACCAAUCACUCUCGGCAAUCUCACGAGCCUCACUCGCUUGGAGCUGGGGAGGAACUAUUUCACGGGCACUCUGCCGACCUCCCUUGGGCAUCUCACUGCUCUCAUCAGCCUCGGGCUACAGGGCAACACGCUAGGAGGCUCCAUACCCUCUCAGCUGGGAGCACUUAUCAGCCUCAACACGCUUGACGUGUCCAACAAUCAGUUCCGGGGCGCACUUCCCCCCACCAUUGGGAAUCUCUCCUCACUCACUGACCUCAAAAUAGGAGGCACAGGCAUCACAUGCCCCUCAGCAGCAGGCCGGCCGCCAUGCGGGGUGUGGCAGGACGCCUCCUCUGAGUUCUGCAAGACCUGCCCUGCCUUCUGCGCCAACUGCUCCACUGCUGCCCUGCCACCCAAGCCAGGUUUGUGCACCGCGAGCUGCCCAUCAGGCUGGCCAAGCGCCUCAUGGACCUGCAGUUCCUGCCAUACAUUGUCGUCACCAACCCGCACAUCAAGCAG